AUGACUGAAAAUAAUUUACAAAAAUUAAAUAAUCUUCAAGAACAUUAUCAAACAUUAUAUAAUCUUCAACAUGAACAAUUAAUUACAUUACGUAAAGAAAAUCAUGAAUUACGAUUAAAAAUAACUCAAAAUAAAGAACAAAAAUUUAAAAAAAUAAAAGAAUAUGAAGAAAAAUUAGAAAAACUUCAAAUACUUGCUAAUGAUGCAAGUAUUCGAUUAAAUGAAGGUAGUGAAUUAAUAAGAAAAUUACAACAACAUUUAAAAAUUUGUCAAGAAAAAUUAUCUGAUAAAACAAAAACAUUAUUAGCAAAAGAUGAUACACUUCGUAAAUAUCAAUUACAUAUUGCUCAUCUCAAUGAUAGAAUAAAACAAUUAAUGCAUGAAAAGAAACAAUUAAUUGAUGAUUAUACAGUAAAAAAUUUACAAUUUUCAUUCAAUCUUAAUGAUAAUGAAAAAAUUGAUGUUGGUAUACAAACAUUACCAACAUUAUCAAUUCCACGUCGUAGUGUUCGAUUUAAUCUCGAUAAAGAAAAUUGUUCAAUUGAUCCAAAAUAUUUUCAAUCAACAAUGAUAAUAAAUAAACAAUCAAAAUAA